AUGUGGUUUGAUGAAGAUACAAGCGAAGAUGAAGAACCAAAAAUUAAGCAUAUAGAAAAAAGUGAAAUCGAAAAAGAAGAAGAUUUCUAUUAUACAAAUAAAAGAUGUUCGUGUGAAGAAGGAUGUUCGACUCGAUCUUGUCUUUGUUUUAAACAUGGAAGUGGAUGUAAUUCAUCAUGUGGCUGCGAUGAAGACUGUGAAAAUAUGUUUAAUCAUCUUGAAUAUUUUUUUGGUGAAGAUAAACAAUGUGCUGCUCAUCCAUGCUUUGCACAAUGGCUUAUGAAAAAGGCAAAAGAUGCCGAUGCACUUCAAAUAAUUGAUCGUGAUAAAUUACGUCGACGUAUUAUGAAAUGUCACAACUAUGCAGAAGAAUGUGAAGAUUACAGUUAUGAAGAAUGGAAGAACAAAGAUGAAGAUGAAAAAUUAAUUGAUACUCAAGAAUUAUUUCGAAAUCUUAUAUCGAAUGUUAACGGAUAUUUGUAUUAUUCAUUUUGUCGUAAUGAAGUUUGCGACAAUGGUAAUGACUGGCAUUGUGCUGAAUGUCGAAGAUGUAUGGAUUGGAGAGUAUGGCAUUGUUAUUAUUGUAAUCAAUGUACUUAUGGUGCCAGUUUACCAUGCGAACGAUGUGGAGAUGUUGAUGGUGAAUUUUCUGAUUGUUAUUAA